AUGGUGGACACAGAAAGCCUGCUUUGCCCACUCUCCCCGCUCAAGGCUGAUGAUCUGGAAAGCCCAUUAGCUGAAGAAUUCCUACAAGAAAUGGGAAACAUUCAAGAGAUUUCUCAAUCCUUUGGUGAGGACAGUUCUGGAAGCUUUAGUUUUACGGAAUACCAGUAUUUAGGAAGCGGUCCAGGCUCAGAUGGAUCUGUUAUCACAGAUACCCUUUCACCAGCUUCAAGUCCCUCAUCAGUUACUUAUCCUGUCGUUCCUGGAAGCAUAGAGGAACCUCCCAGUGGAGCAUUAAACAUUGAAUGUAGAAUCUGUGGGGACAAAGCCUCAGGCUACCAUUAUGGAGUUCACGCGUGUGAAGGCUGCAAGGGUUUCUUUCGGCGAACUAUCCGAUUAAAGCUGGUGUAUGACAGAUGUGAUCGUAGCUGCAAGAUUCAGAAAAAGAAUCGGAAUAAGUGCCAGUACUGUCGUUUUCACAAGUGCCUUUCUGUCGGGAUGUCACACAACGCAAUUCGUUUUGGAAGAAUGCCAAGGUCUGAAAAAGCAAAACUGAAAGCAGAAAUUCUCACCUGUGAACAUGACAUAGACGAUUCCGAAACUGCGGAUCUCAAAUCCCUUGCCAAGAGGAUUUACGAGGCCUACCUGAAGAACUUCAACAUGAACAAGGUCAAAGCACGUGUCAUCCUGGCGGGAAAGACCAGCAACAAUCCACCUUUUGUCAUACAUGACAUGGAGACAUUGUGUAUGGCUGAGAAGACACUGGUGGCCAAGCUGGUGGCCAAUGGCAUCCAAAACAAAGAGGCAGAGGUCCGCAUCUUCCACUGCUGCCAGUGCACGUCAGUAGAGACCGUCACAGAGCUCACGGAGUUCGCCAAGGCCAUCCCAGGUUUCGCAAACUUGGACUUGAACGAUCAAGUAACUUUGCUGAAAUAUGGAGUUUAUGAGGCCAUAUUUGCAAUGCUGUCCUCUGUGAUGAACAAAGAUGGGAUGCUGGUGGCAUAUGGAAAUGGUUUUAUAACGCGUGAAUUCCUAAAAAGCCUAAGAAAACCAUUUUGUGAUAUCAUGGAACCUAAGUUUGAUUUUGCCAUGAAGUUCAAUGCACUGGAACUGGAUGACAGUGACAUUUCCCUUUUUGUGGCUGCUAUAAUUUGCUGUGGAGAUCGUCCUGGCCUUCUAAACGUAGGACACAUUGAAAAAAUGCAGGAGGGCAUCGUGCAUGUGCUCAAACUUCACCUGCAGAGCAAUCAUCCCGAUGAUACCUUUCUGUUCCCAAAACUCCUCCAAAAAAUGGCAGACCUACGGCAGCUGGUCACAGAGCAUGCGCAGCUGGUGCAGAUCAUCAAAAAGACGGAGUCGGAUGCGGCUCUGCACCCGCUGCUGCAAGAGAUCUACAGGGACAUGUACUGAUUUCUCUGACAUUAACGAAAAGCACAACGUGUCAAGGAUUUUUAAUGUCGACAGCACUACAAAGGAGAAACAGGAGCAGCACGAUUUUGCACAAAUACCCACCACCAUUUUAACCUUAGAGAUUGGAAAGUCUAAGCUCUGGGUAACCGGAAUACUAUUCCACAUUUUCUUUACUGUAACCAGUACUUCCAGGAGUGUGCAUAGCUCUCAGAUGCUGGUGAUAGCAGCUCAGCAGGACGUGGAAAAUUAAGGAGAAUGAUGUUCAACAGUCUGAUUUUAACUCAACCCAGUGUUAAUCAAUGCACAUGUCUUUACAUCGCAUUA